AUGUUUCAUGAGACAUUCAAGGCCGACGGAACACACGUUUACUCCAGUUGAAAACAUCCGGCAGUCUGCACGUGUGGAUUUAUUCCUAAAAUGUUGGAUGUUCUACAGUAUAAGCUACAUGUGUCAAGAGGAAAAGCAGCAUAUGUAUUAUUAGCCUGCAGUUUAUUAAAAGGCUCAACCUGCAAGCUUAAUCGUUAGCUUCAUCGCUAUCAAACCAUUUAGCUACAGACUCAUCACCAUGGCUGGAAGAGGCAGGGGUCGUGGAAGGGGUCAGAUGACCUUCAACCUGGAGGAUUUGGGCAUAGGAAGGGGAGACAGCCUGCCCCCCACCACCUUUAAGCCCUCACCCCUCUUCCCUCCCAUGCCAGUCCAGCCUGUGCCCCUGCAGACAGGAGAGGAGGUGGAGUACAUGCUGGCUCUGAAACAGGAGCUGAGGGCCGCCAACAAGACCCUGCCCUUCUACAUCAGACGGGCCGCUCCCAAAAGAGAUGUUGAUCGCUACUCUGAUAAGUACCAGAGUGGAGAGCCCAAGGACAGUGCCAUCGAGUGGAGCCCAGACUGGAGCAGAUUACCUAAAGAGCUUUGCAUUAAAGUGAGGAAGCCUCUGGCUAAAAGACAUCCACCCCAAGUUAAACAGCCAAAGAAACCUCCUGUGGGAAAAGAGGAGAUUCUCACCAAGCUGGAGACUCUCGAAAAGAAAGAAGAGGCGGUGAACUCUGAGGAAGAGGAAGACGGGGAGAAAAAGAAGACGAACGAGGAAGAAGAACAGCCAGAGGAAGAGGACUACGAGGAAGACUUUGAAGAGGAUACCGACUACAUCAUGUCUUACUUUGACAACGGAGAGGAGUUUGGAGGGGACAGCGACGACAACAUGGACGAAGCUACUUACUGAGAGACCGUGCGAGUGCUGAUAACACCAAAUAGACUAGAAGAGGAGGCCUUAAGUAAUCGUCCCCGUGGACGCAGUUACAGUAUUUGAAUUACUUGUGGAGUCACUGGCCAUGGUAACAGACAUUGAAGGCCUGCUGCUAUUCAGCCAUGACAGGUAUAGUCUAAAACAUGGAAAGAACAAUAUGCUGCUGUCUGAUAACCUAGGUCCAGGACAUGGAAGGUGGUGACUGUUGUUGGAAACAGUUGCUCAAUGUAGAUGUCUAGAGCAAAUACUCAGACUUGUUGUAUGUGGUGGUUUAAAGUCCCAAAGACACUAACUAGUCAUGCUGACUGUUCCCCUUUCUUCAGCUAUGUUGAGGUAGUAAUGGGAGCUGAUUUAUUUACAGGCCAUUGUGGCCUUUUAUAACUUUAAUAAUAGAUUUUAGGGUUUUAAUUAACAGAUAAUGUGCAAUUGUAGUGAUAGUGUUUUUAGAGUAACGGCAUGUUUUAGAGAAAGGUAAUUUAGCUUUUACAAUUCCUUGGUGUAACAAUCUUUUUUUUAGGUGUAUACGACAAUCAAAGUUUUUAAUUACAGUUUUCCAUGUCUUAGCUAAUCGAAAAAUGACCUUUUGUUCAUUUUAAAUAUUUUAUUUCUGUAAUGUGACAUUUCUGUUAUGCGAGUUGAACAUUUGAAAGUGUUGAAUUUGAUUCUCUAAAUACAUUUUAAAGAACCCGA